AAAACUUUAAAGAGAAAUUGAGAUCGAACUUGGAGGAAAGAAGGCUUGGAGAAGGAACUUGCAUAUUAUGGCACUGGCCGCAAUAAUGACAAUCGUCAUAAUCACCGUGUCUAUUGCAAUCUUUGCCUCUGGCACGGCGGUGAGGAUUGCAAUAGACAAUUCGAAAAGGGAAUUCUGCGUACCCGUGGUUGACAAUUUUAAGAAACUGAAACAAAUGUUGGACAGCCUAAACCGCCUAAAAGAAGACGUAAAAACAAGAAUUAGGAAGAUUGAAAAUUCUGGAGGAAAGGUGAACAGAGAAGCGAAGGACUGGGUUACAGAAGUAGAAUCCAUCAUUGAAGUUAUUCAAUUUCCUGGUGACUGUCUUCCUAGGGUUUCACUACGCUUCCUCGACACUUUUAAUGAAGAUGUUCGAGAGGGAAUUGAACAAGUUAAAAAACUUUAUCAACAAGGAACCUUACAUGGUGGAAUUGUGACUGUUCAACCUUCUGGUCGAAUUGUGACUGAUCAACCUUCCGGUGGAAUUGUGACUGAUCAACCUUCUGGUGGAAUUGUGACUGAUCAACCUUCAACCAUGGAGCGAGUAGUGAAGUGGCCGGACGUAUUGUCUGCAGAUGCUUUCUUGGCAUUUGAGGCUGCUGGAUUAGAUUACAGCAAGGCUGUUAAAGAAACCGGCUGGAAGUUCCAAGAGACAAUUCUUGCUCGUGGAGGUGGAAAGCACCACUAGAGGUCUAAGGGUCUUAGGACCCAAGUUUAUAGCUUAAACUUAUUACUUACGGGGCUUUUAGUUCAUAAAAUUCCCCCCCCCCCAUUUUAGAUCAGUAGAUCGAGGUAACAGCCUCUCGGUUCAGGAGCUUUUGGCACAAGACUCGCAGGCUCGUUGUAUGUACAAGCUAGGGCCUCGUGUUUUUUAUAGGAAGGUAGAUCGAUGUAUUACCAAAACAAUGACUCAGCUUUUGUUCUUUUGAAAAGUUUGGAGAAGAAUUUGUCUCAUAUAAUUUUUGUGUAAAUUACCUUUAUGUAUAAAAUCUUUAAAUUAAU